UCCAGAGUAAUACCAAAACAAAUGUCUGUAUUGUAAACAAACUUUAAUUUUGUGUAUUUUAACCGCCAAAAUGAGUCGUGGAAGCAGAGAUAAUAACAGCAUUUUAAGCGAGAUAGAUUGGGAUGAAGGACUGAGUAUGCCUGUCGCAAAUGCCGAGAAUAAGGCACUUGAAGAUGAGGUUCAGAGAAAGCAGAGGAACAUUGUCCAUGUUAGAAAUGAUUUGGAAGAGUUUGAGGACAGAAUCCAUGCCAUGUCUGAACAUCUCAAAAAUGUUCGACAGGAACUCCAACACACACAGGGACUUGUUGGGGCCAGGAAGAAGGAAGUUGAGACAGAAAGUCACCUUCUUACUAUUGCAGAAAGAGAAGAAGGUCGGCUCAAACAGGAGAUACAGAAAUUGGAGAAAGAAAUAGAAGAGCUGAAAGAAAGAAAAAAUGUCUUUGAGAACAACAUUUUCAAGCAGACGCAGAAACUUGAAGAGAUGAAGUCUCAAAUGAACUGGGACCAACAGGCCCUCGAGGCGUGGCUUGAGGAGUCAGCAAGGAAAGACGAGGAUUCCAUGGCCAUUCAGAAGUAUUCCCGCCAUGACGAGAGUAAAAUCAAGGAGUUGUCCCUUCGAAUGGAACGUCUGACUGAUGAGUCGGCAAAGAAACGUAAACAGUUGGAUCAUGAGAUGACAUCUACACUCACUGCCCAGAUUGAGUUAGACAAAACAGCGGAAGAUUUCCGCAAGGCUCAUCAGGAACGUCAGGAAUUGAUCAAGCAGUGGGAGAACACAAUUGAACAGAUGCAACGCAGAGACAAAGAGAUGGAUCUUCUAGCUGCGCAAUUGGCAAGGGUAAAGGCUGAGGUUCGUAAACGAGAAGAGACAAUCAAAGAGAAACAGCAGUUUCUCGACAACGAGAUUGAGAACAACAGUGAGCAGGAGAAGAAAAUCUCGAUCGCCGAGAGGACGGCAGCUCGUAUACGCUCCGAUUACCAAGAGGCUGAAACUCAGAGAGUACAGUUCCAAGAUGAGCUUGAUGCCUUGAAGAGAACGGUUGAUAGAACUGUGACUGACCUUGAAUCUACAAGGUCACAGGUCACACAACUCAAGAAAGAUGUAGUUGAUAAGGAAAACAGAUUGAAACAAGCCAAAGAUCUUAGAGAAACUCUUGUAGAGAAGUUGAAAAUAGUAACAGAGUCAAACUUGAGUGCCGAAGAGCGUGCAGCACGCAUGGACGAGCUUCUUGAUGAUGAAGAGGGACGUCAGAAAGAAAUUGACCAGGACUUGAAAUAUCUGCGAGACCUUCAGUUUAAAAAGAUGCAGGAACUUCAUGAAAAUCAGACGAAAGAGCGGAACUCUGAGGCAGAAAUUCAGGGAAGUCAUGCGGCCAUCAGAAAUUUAAAUAGUAAAAUUUCCAAGCUGGAUACAGAUUCCCUGAAACAGCAGGAGAUCAUUUAUAAUCAGGAUUUUUCUAUUCAACAACUGGAGCGUCGUAUCAACAGAAUGCAGGGUGAAAGGUCAAACGAAGAGAAGAUACACUUAGAGGCUAAAAUAAAGGAUCUAACAGAUGAACUGGAACAGAAGAACAACACACAUACACUUCUAACAUUGCAAUUAAAGAGAUUACAGGAUGAUAUUAGACGUGUUAGCCGAGAGCUGGAGAAGAGCGGAUCAGAGAAAAAUGAUCUCACUAGUAAGAUUGAAGAGCUCUACCUUUACAAUGACAGUUCUGAGAGAGAACUGAAGAAAAUCAUCACAUCCAAACAAGAUCUGAUGGUCGACCAGAAUAUCUUGAAAUUGGAGCUAAAGAGAUUAAGAGAUAUGCUUAACGAGAGAGCUGACGAGGUGUUCUCACUGGAGAAGAGGAGGCUACAACUUGAAACCGCAAUGAAAGAACGCCACCAGGAGAUCAACAUCCACAAGGAAAUGUUGAGUGCCCAGGUCAGGGCUGUCAACGAGGAAAGACAGCAGAUUAGUGCGGAAUUACAUGAGAGAAUCUCCAAAAUUGAUAAACUCAGGAAAAGGUAUGAGAUAUUGAUGGUGUCUAUGGCUCCACCAGAGGGGGAAGAGGAGAGGUCACAGGCUUAUUAUGUCAUCAAGGCUGCCCAGGAGAAAGAAGAGUUACAGCGUGAAGGUGAUGACCUAGAUGCCAGGAUCAGGAAGGCCGAGAAGGAAAUCCGAGCUCUAGAAAAUACACUCAAACUUAUGAACAACAGGAAUGAAACUUACAGGAAAAGCUUUAACAAAGUUACCGAUGCUAGUGAUGAAAUGGAGGAGAAACAACAGCUAGAUGAACAGAUGAGAGCUGUUAUGGACAAGUACAAGUAUAAGAGACGUCAGAUUAGAGAGUUACAGGAAGAUCUACAGACCAUGAGUAACACGCUGGAGAAUCUGAACAGAGAUGAAGAUGCCUAUGUUGAGAUGGUGGAAGAGAAGAAAAACAAAAUUUUACAGUUGAACAAAGAGCUAGAUGACCAAAGAGCAAAAUUAGAGAGAGUUACAAAACAGAAUCUUCGCUAUGCAAAAGAAGUGAGAUCUGCGAAGAAGUCCAAAGGGGAAACUCCAGAAGAAAAAGAUUUCACAGUUCGAGAGUUGAGAGAGUUUAACAAGAACGUGAUGCAGCAGAUAGGGGAGGCAACUCAGGUCCAUCCUGACCUCGGAGAGGCAGUUGCUCUUUAUUUCCAACAAGCUAACCUUCCAUCAUUGACACCGAGUCGGCAACCAGGCAGUGCUAGGAGCAGUCUGUCUUCUGUACGUAGCAGUGCUUCUAGCAUCAAAUCCCCAACAGGAAGUGCUAUGGGUAGAGCCCAGAUUGGAGCAGAUUUUGGAGGUGUGCAGUCACCAGGAAGUUCACGUAGUUCAAGCUCUAUGAGCAGUAUACGAAGUGGAAGAAGUGGAAGAAGUCAGACAAGCGGACGAAGAUAAAAAUGUUGUCUAUAAAUUAUUUAUUAUCUGUGUUAUUUGAUAGACAAAUUGUGUGGAUGCUGAGAUGACACGUUAUGGUGAAAAAACUGUUGAAACUGAGGAAAAAAAAUUAAUAAAAACUGAAAAAGAUAUCAAGAAUAUAUUGAAAUGAUGAAUGUUUUGAUUGCAUAUUUGUUCAGAAUGUUACCUUUUAGUGAUACAUUUUGUUUACAUCUUUAAAGAAUAUCGGGAACCAAAAUAUUUUUACUGCAUUUAAUCUUGUGAAUAAAUUGCCUAUCCUGUUAAUCAAGACCGUUUUCACCUAAAUGUUUUUGUUUUUUUUUGUAAGGCAAAUUUAGAGACAAAAAACUACAUCCAAAAACAUGUUUUUUUAGCAAAUGAAAUGUCUGAUUGCUGUGUCUGUGCUUUAGUACAGAUGCUAUUGAAUUAUGAUAAGGCACAAUUGUUUUACUAUUAAAAAUGACUUAUUUUUUUCAAUGACUGUGAUACUGUUUUGCAUUUUCAUUUAUAUAUUUGUAAAUAAACUAUAUAUACCAGCUGUCAGAGGGCUGUGUAUAAAAUUAUUGUAUCUCCUUUAUUUAAAGUAUAUAAUAUGUUUAUAAAAUAGUUUGUUCUUUCAUUCUUGAAUUUUUAUGAUUAGGCUAAACAAAGUUUAUGAUUAGUUUCUUGUCAUUAUUGUUUUAUUAAAAAGAACUUGUAUUUUUUGGUGAAAAUAUAUAAGACAUUUUGUAUCCCAGUUGUUCAAAAUGGUUUAAGCUUAAGAUAAUAAUUUUUACACUUGCAUGAAAACAAAAUGCUAAAAGCUACUAGAAAAGGAAUUUACUUUUUGGUUUGCUUGCUGUACGAAAAGAUCAGAAAAACUAAGCAUGACCUUUGUUUGGCCUUUCAGAUAUGAAAAUAUACAUGUUUCUUAUCUGCAAGACCUGUAUAGUCACACUGCCAUUUGUAAUGAAAACUGAGGUCAUUCAUCUUUAAUUUUUGUUUAACGUGAACUUAUAAUUACACCUGAUUCUGUCCCAUAUGUACUUAAGACGUUUACUGAACGUCUACAGUUAGAUAACUACAGUCAAGCCUGUGGUUAAGACCACCUCGAAAAUGAAGCCACUACUAUAAAACCUGAUUAUAACAGCCACUGUUUUCUCUUCAAGCUUAACCUUAAAUAGUUUAAGGUAUCCAGUCCACAAAUAGUGCAAAUCAUUUCAGCAAUAAUCAGUCCCUUUCAUAUUUUCCGGAUUUUUCUUUCAGGAAGCUAUUUAUAGAUCGGAUACCUUAACUUUACUUGUGAUGAGAGAGCACCUUUCAACAACAACCACUUUUUAAGUUUCUAAGGUUGGUCUCUAAAAACAGGUUUUACCAUGAUACAUACUGUUAUAAUAUAUUGUAUUCGUGCUUUAUGCAUGUCUUGACUUUUUAUUGUUUGCGAAAUGAAUACAAUUUCAAAUCGUUACUAAAUAUACAUUCCAAUAACUUAACUGUUGACUUCUUUAAGGUAGUGCAGCAGUAAUGACAAUUACAAAAUCGUAAUUUCAUAAAUUAAAUGAAAAAUCUUUGAAGACAUCAAUCAGAAAUGACAAUCUGCAAAUUAUGCAUUCUUUGUAAGCUAUUUUGGCAUUCCCCUAGUUUUAACAGAAAGUCCUGUACGUAUUAUUUAUUACUGGGUUUGUAUGUGACCCUUCACGGAAAUAUUGGAGGGUAAGUAUGAUAAAUUGUGGAGGGGGAUGAGGUGUAUUAACGAGGAUAUUGCCGGGUGUCAUCACAGCUCCACAGCCUUAAUUAAGUCAUUUGAUUAAAUUAAAUUAAAUCACUGACUAUUUUAUAUGAAGAAGAAAUGUUACGUUGAUGUCACUGCAAUUAAAAAUGUCAACUUAA